AAAAAAAUUAUUCUUUUUUUAACACACCAUGUCUGAUAAAGCAUUCCCCAAGCAACAACAAGAGACGCAACCCGGAUUGCAACAUGAAAUGACUCCCUCUCCAGCUGUGGGUGAAUCAUACAAAGCUGCUGGAAAAUUGAAAGGUCAGAAGCUUUUGAUCACCGGGGGUGACUCUGGUAUUGGUCGCUCUGUUGUUGUCAUGGCUGCCAUGGAAGGUGUAGAUGGCGUUACUAUCCUCCACACAGAAAAGGAGACCAAGGAUGCUGAGGAAACAGCCAAACUAGCCGGAAAGUAUGGCGCCAAGGUUGUCACUAAGGCUGGUGACAUUGCUGACGUCAACCUCUGCAAAGAAGUCGUAGAUUCUCAUAUCAGCGAAUUCAAGACCAUUGAUAUUCUCGUAAACAAUGCAGCUGAGCAGCAUGUUUGCGAUUUUCUUGGUGACCUUGACCUUGAUCAGGUUCACAGAACUUUCAAAACCAACAUUCUUGGAAUGUUUUCCAUGACCAAGUUUGCUUUGCAACACAUGAAGGGUGGAAGUAAAAUCAUCAAUACGACUUCGGUCACUGCUUACAAAGGAAAACCGAAUUUGGUCGAUUACUCUUCAACUAAAGGAGCCAUUGUCGCCUUCACUCGAUCACUAUCUCAGCAGCUUGCGUCUAAAAACAUCCGUGUCAACGGAGUUGCACCUGGUCCUAUCUGGACUCCCCUCAUACCUUCAUCUUUCCCUAAGGAAGAAGUUGAAUCCUUUGGAAAGGAAACGCCUCUAGGUCGUGCCGGACAACCAAGUGAAGUUGCUCCAUGCUAUAUAUUCCUAGCAUCAGAUGACUCAAGCUAUAUCACUGGAUCUGUAUUGCAUCCCAAUGGUGGAACAAUUGUAAAUUCUUAAAUUGCGAAAUAUUUGAAAGGGUGGAUGGCGUUUAUUUGUAGCAAUCUUUCUUAGCAGUUACUAUCUUCUGUACAGCAAGACGAAUACACCCUUCGACUGAUAAAAUAUUGAAGCUAUCCAAAUUGUCUGUUUCUUUUCUACUUUGUUCAUCAAGGAAUGGCCAUUAAAGUCAAAGCUUUGCUUAU